CGAUGUUUUUACAUCAUCAUAAAUGUAUAAAAUAGCCAUUGCUGUAACAUAUCACCCCCAACAAGAUCCAUUUUAAUAGUGUUUCAUGUGAAUCGUUCCUUGGCCAAUGCAGACCUAAAGCUAUAGGCUUACCUCCAGACCCCCUCCCCUCCUAUUUCUGCUUCCAGACAGCGUGUGCGCAACAUAUUGAGAGCUAAUCAGUCUGUUCACUCGCCCAGUAUACGUUUCUCCUAGCUUGAUGCGACUGACAUAGCAUUCCUCAGGCUUUUCUAAUAAAAAAAGAACCCAGACACGGGGCAUCGUGGAGGUAUGGCAGAAGCGGAAUUACAAACCUUUACGUCUAUCAUGGACGCGUUGGUUCGCAUUAGUUCAGACAUGAGGAGUAUGGAGCAGGAGCUGCAUUGCCCGGUGUGUGAGGAGAUGGUGAAGCAACCCAUCCUUCUGCCAUGCCAACACAGUGUGUGUCUGCUGUGUGCAGCUGAGGUGUUAGUACAAAAAGGUUACCCUCCUCCAGAUCUCCCUCCAGAACUGCACUCACCGGCCUCCACACCCAACACUCGCUCCCCACGACAGGCACGCAGACCACCACCCAGGACCCCUGACAGUAUGGAACGGGUUUUCAAAACAGUGUGUGGGACUUACCCAGGGCGAAGGCGGAAGGAUGCAACGCAUCCUCCUAUGCUGUUCCCAUGUCCUUCCUGUCAGCAGGACGUGGAACUGGGAGAAAAAGGCCUCACGGACUGCUUUCGCAACCUUACUCUGGAGCGCAUUGUGGAGAGGUAUAGACACACAGUAAGUCUGGGCAGUGUAGCCAUCAUGUGUGGUUUCUGUAAGCCUCCUCAGUCUCUGGAGGCUACUAAAGGCUGCGCUGACUGCAAGUCCAACUUCUGCAAUGAGUGUUUCAAACUCUAUCACCCCUGGGGAACGCCCCGUGCUCAGCAUGAACACAUUCUACCCACCAACAACUUUAGGCCAAAGAUCCUAACAUGCACAGAGCAUGAGCAGGAGAGACUGCAGUGGUACUGCUGUAACUGCCAGAGGUUGCUGUGCCCACUUUGUAAGCUGCGACGUGUCCACCAUGGACACAAAAUACUGACUAUAGCACAAGCCUACCAGGCUCUCAAGGAGAAGGUCACCAAGGAAGUUCACUUCAUCCUGGCCAACCAGGAGACGAUACAGAGCCAGAUCACUCAGCUGGAAGCUGCUGUCAAACAGAUGGAGGCAAACAGUGUCGUCGCUCUGCAGCAGCUGACCCGCUGUAUCCGAGAGCUGAGUGCGGCUGUAGCUGAGCGUCAGGGGGCUUUGGCUCUGACCCUGGAGGGAUCUCGCAGCAGAAGAGAGGAGGCCCUGUCUGCUCAGGUUUCAGAGAGGCGAUGCCUGCUGGAGAAUGCAGGCCUGAUGGCCUACACAGAGGAGCUACUCAAAGAGACUGAUGCACCCUGCUUUGUACAGGCAGCCAGAGUCACUCACAACAGGCUGGUGAAGGCCAUAGAAAACCUCCAGUGCUUCUCUCUUGCUGCUGAUCCCUCCUUCAGACACUUUCAUUUAGAUGCAUCCAAAGAGGUCAAGCAUAUCAACAACUUGGAAUUCAUACGUGCUCCACUGGCUCCAGUUAUUGACACUCAGAAAACAUUAGCUUAUGACCAGCUGUUUUUGUGCUGGCGCCUCCCUCAGGACUCAGCCCCGGCUUGGCACUUCUCUGUUGAAUAUCAGCAACGAGCAGGAGGAGCUGGAGCCACAUGGGGCGGCACAAGAUCCCUUAAUGCUUCAAUGGUGUGGCAGCGCCUGGAUGAAGUGAGAGGGACCAGUACUGUGAUUGACCGCCUGCAGAUGGACAGUGUGUACGUGCUCAGGGUGAGAGGCUCCAACAAGGCUGGGUUUGGAGAGUACAGUGAGGACGUUUACCUCCACACUCCACCGGCACCUGUGUUGAGUUUCUCCUUGGAUUCUCGCUGGGGUUUGCAUGCUGGCAGGCUGGCACUGGGGAAAGGCCAGACCUAUGCCCGCAGUGUGCCAGGCCUCUCUCUGCUGCAGGCUGCUGACCGCACACUCACUUCCUGCCACUUGACUUCUGACCUGCUGGUGGCUGACUUGGCUGUCGCUCAAGGCAGACACUACUGGGCAUGCUCUGUGGAGCCUGGGUCCUACCUGGUAAAGGUGGGGGUAGGGCAAGAGAAUAAGCUACAGGAGUGGUUCCAUCUUCCUCAGGACAUGGCCAGCCCUCGAUGUGACCCAGACAGCGGCCAUGACAGUGGGGGAGAGGACAGUCAAGACUUGCCUCCCUUCUGCUUCCUCACCAUUGGCAUGGGCAAGAUCCUUCUUCCUCAAGGACAUGGUUACAGUCAUAGCCAGAAGGACAGCCAAAGCCAGGGAGGCGUGCACUCACACAGCAGCAGUCAUAGUAACCUGCCUCACCCUCAAACUGCUCCUCUGCCACCCCGAUUGGGAGUGUGUCUGGACUGUGACAAAGGACGAAUCACCUUCUAUGAUGCCCAUGCAUUGCGUAUCUUGUGGGAGGGACAUGUGGAUUGUUCAGCUCCGGUGUGCCCAGCCUUCUGCUUCAUUGGCGGAGGAGCCCUGCAGCUGCAGGACCUUGUGGCCAAUCGGAGGAUCGAGGAGCCGCCACCGCGAGGGUAACCAUCCAAACAUGUGCUACAAAUCUCAAUAAAUAAAUUGUGGUGAAACAAUAGUUUAACAGCACAGUUCACUCAAUGAUCUGGGUUUAGUGGUUUGUAUUCAUCACCUAUUGUGAGUUGAUAAUGAAUUGCCUCCAUCUUGUCAGAAUUUAAUUGGAUUUUUUCUUUCAGUGUGAACUUUGAGAUCUGACUAUAAAUAUGUUAUGUUCUUUUGCAUUUGAACUUGGCCCGAAAAGAUCAUAUCUUUUUUUUGACUUUGUCGUUCUCCAGUGAAGCGAUUUCAGACUAUGCAGAAUUCUGUUGACAGGGUGAGUCAAACACCUAGAAAACCACUUAACAAGAUCUGUUUGCAAUGUAAGAAAAUUUGCCUCCUUUUACAUGUGUCUUAAUUUAUCUCAGAUUGAUUGGACAGUAAAGGUUGCAUGCAAGUAUAUCUAGGAUUCAUAACUUACAAAUAUGCAGAUAACUGACUGUCACCUUGUAAAAGCACCUCAGAUGUACUGUAUGUCUGAUUUUCUAUCCUAAUUUUUUGUAGCCUCUACAACUGUUAACAAUGUCUGUGUAAUGCAGAAUUAGAGAAUGUGAAUAUUGUUUGUUUGCUGAACUGUAAAGUUCUACGGGCUCAUGUCAAGAUCACGUCUCAAUGUGUAAAAAGUCCCAGCUGGUAUUUUAUAAAGAUGCUGUUUUGCAUUUUAAAAGGACUUGUGUGGAAAGUGCUCACAGUUGCAUCAGUGUUUUGAAAUUGCAAGAGAAAUCACAGUAAAAAGCUUCAGAGGAAUUUUGUUCUCGUCAUAGUUAACUUAUACAUGUGAAUACAUUUCCGUGUUUUACAUUGUAAUUCAGGUUAAAAAUGUUGAUGGCCUACUUGUCCAUUGUUAAACUGUGAUGUUUGAGUGAUUUGCACAUACACAAUAAUGAUCAGUUAGAGGAAGUGGAUGGAUGACAUCCAGCUGAUGUAGGUGUAUUUUAUGAGCUUUAGUUGACUUUUUUUUUGUUUUGUUUUUUAUUUUUCUUACUGUAGCUGACAGCAGCUCAUUUACUUACUGACUAUGCUGUUUCACAGUUAUAUUUGGGGAAUGUAAGAGCCCUGAUAUGUACCACUUCAAAGCAGGAGAUUGUUUAUAUUGUGAUAUUUUCAAAUGGACUGGCUCUGACUGUAUUUUGAUAUAUAAUAUGAUUUUAUGAAGUGGCUGUGACUUUAAAGCUAUCUGUUGUGUGUAUGUGUGUAUCCUGUCUUUACUGACUUGUCUGGACUCCUCUGCUUCUGUUACAGCGCAGCACUUCAGGCAGUAGCGUAUCAGAAAUCAGAAUCUCCUAAUGUAGACUUUACCUUGCUGGCAGAAUGUUUCUAUCAUGUCAUGAG